AUGGUGGGGCGGUUUUUGGGAGCGUAUGGUAGUGUUAUGAAACAAUUGUUACGAAAAGUUCUCGGACGAUCUUCCUUGAAUUACGAAGACUUAUUGACUGUACUUUGCGAUUGUGAAUCCAUAAUAAACACGAGACCGCUCACUUACAUAUCUAAUGAUCCAAGUGACUUAGUUUCUCUUACUCCAUCGAUGUUUCUCCGAGACCUAGUGGAGAGUGGUUUACCAGAUUACGACGAAGUUGACAGAGCUUCUCUUACCAAACGACUUCGCUACAAACAACAACUUCGACAUGAUUUGAGAUUGAGGUUCAGAAAUAAGUAUUUCGGUCAGUUGCACCUUCAUUAUACUGGAAGGGAUUGUCGUCCAAUCACCUUAGGUGAGGUGGUUUUGGUGGGAGAUGACAAUAGGAAAAGAUUGGACUGGCCAUUAGGACGUGUUGUUAAACUCUUACCUGGCAAGGAUGGGAAGAUUAGGCUAGUUAGAUUGCAUACUGCUAGAGGACAAAUCUUGCGACCUACGCACCGUCUCUAUCCUCUGGAAUGUUUAGGCUCGUUUGAAGAAGGUGCUUCCGGGGAAGCCCAGUCUACCAUCCAGCAAGAUGUCAGACCGCAGAGUCCAGAUGGUGGCUGUAGUGAUGGUGAAACUGAAGGAGUGUCUUUUCAUAGCAAAGAGUCCAUUUUGAAGUGUGCAAACUGGGACGAAAGCCUGAACCUAGCUUUGGAAUUAAUCAAACACAACACUCCUCUCGACGUGGAUUACCAGAGACUAAUUGCCAAUGGAAGCUACAGGAGAUCAAAAGCUAUGAACACCUACACUCCCUCUUAUAGCAAACUGAAAUCGAACAUAAUACUAAUCAAACCAACUUAA